AUGGCCGGCGGAAUCACCGUGCGCGACGUCGAUGCGCAAAAGUUCAUCAACGCCUAUGCUGCGUUCCUGAAGCGUCAGGGCAAGCUGCCCAUCCCUGGUUGGGUCGACACCGUCAAGACCGGCCCCGCCAAGGAGCUCCCCCCCCAGGACAUUGACUGGUUCUACGUCCGCGCCGCGUCCGUCGCUCGCCACGUCUACCUCCGCAAGACCGUCGGUGUCGGCCGCCUCCGCAAGGUCCACGGCUCCGCCAAGAACCGCGGCAGCCGGCCCUCCAAGCACGUCGACGCCUCCGGCUCCGUCGACCGCAAGGUCAUGCAGGCCCUCGAGAAGAUUGGCGUCCUGGAGCAGGACGAGGAGAAGGGCGGCCGCCGCAUCACCCAGGCCGGCCAGCGUGAUCUGGACCGUAUUGCCCAGACCACGGCCGAGGCUGAGGAGGAGGAUGAGGACGACGAGUAA